UCAUCUCGAGCUGUUGCCAACUCUCUGCUGCUCCACAUGCCUUUCCCCUUUCGUCUGCCACAUCAGCAGCAGCGUCAGCACAUGGAGCUCAGCAUCGGAAGUGUGCAUCGGCGCUGCAUGGUGUAGUCACUCUACAGGGAAUGCUUGUGCCCUUGUGGCUGUUGCCAGAGCUGCAUUCAAAGUACCGUAAAGGCUAGCGCUUGUUUGCAGCAACUCCUGCUAGCAAAUGACCACGUGCAUAUUGAGUACAUCUUAUUUACAAAUCGACUUUGUUUUUGGAGAUAGAAACCAUCGCGUGUAGCUGUUGGUAUCAUGGCAUUGAGAUCAGUAACGCGUAAAAUGCAGGUUGCUUCAAAUUCCUAGAUUCGCUCUCCAGCAUGGUCAUUCUCCCUUCCAUCGCGCCCCUUCCCAUCGCGCCCGCGACACAUCCGCACUGCAUUGCACGCUCCUCCGUCGCCCACACGCUCGCGUGACUUCAGGGGAGUCUCUUCGCCGCUUGCCCCACGUCUCCGCCACUCCGCCCCCAUGUCCCCCUCGCUGCGCGCGCAUUUGCCGUGCGCCGCAGCCCCCUCACGCGCAUGUCUCCCCGCUCCCCUUCCCUCCGCUUGUCCCCUCCCUGCGCGCGGAAGGCGCGUGGCGGCACCUGCUCUGCUGCCGGCCAAUUCCCGCACCCCCGGCUUCCACAAUGAACGCUCCUCUCGAUAUAGACCCAAACCACCGCAUUUCACGCCGCGAUCGUCGCUAGACUCCCCGCCUCCUGAAGCGCAAGCGGAAACACCGCCCGAAUCCCCGCUCCCCCCCGCCGCCGAACCUCCCCGCGUUCAGCCCCGUCCCACGUGGCUAGAGUAUGACGUGGCGCUAUACGACAAAGACCUGCCACGUGCCCUUUCCAUCGCCACCGCGCUGGCCCCUCGAAGGCCGGCAGGCGAAGCCACUCGGGAAAGCGCCGGAUUCCUGGAUCUACCCGCGGAGACGGGGGGAAUGGUGGCGCAGGGGGGACUGGGGCAGGCGCAACUGGAGGGCGGGGCGGCGGUUACGGGGGAGGAGGGGGGGGAGGAGGGGGAGGAAGGGGAGGAGGGGGAGGUGGAGCGGCAGCGGCGGUGGCUGCGGCUGCUGGAGUUGGGGAAGGCGGAGAGCGACCUGCGCGUGGUGGGGCGCACGUACGAAUGGCUGCGCAGCGAGGGGCUCCUGAGGAACUUCGGACGGUUCCAAACCAGCAUACUGGAGGGCGUGCCUCGCGUCGUCACUCCCAAGGUGCUCAGAGACCGAUCGGGCCUCCAAGCGGCGAACCUGGCCCCGCAGAAGUGGGGCACGUCCACACCGUGGCUGCCCGUCGCGCUCUUCGCAGCCUUCUCCGCGCUGGUGGACGUCGGGGUGGACCUGCGCCCGCUCGCCAUCAUCUCGCUUGGCCUCGCCAUGGGCGACGCCAUGUACCUGGGGGGGGCGGGCGCGGGGCAGGUGCUGAUGCUGCUGUGGGCGCCGUUCAGGGAGCGUGUGCUGGUGCACGAGGCGGGGCACGUCGUGGCGGCGUAUCUUCUAGGGUGCCCCGUGCGCGGGGUGCUCCUGGACGCGUUUGAGGCGAUGCGGGUGGGCGUGCGCGGGCAGGCGGGGACGCAGUUCUGGGACGAGCAGCUCGAGGACGAGCUCCGCGCCGGCCAGCUCUCCUCUGCCUCCGUCGACCGCUACAGCAUAGUGCUGUUCGCGGGCGUGGCAGCGGAAGCCAUGCAGUACGGGCAGGCGCAGGGGGGGGAGGGCGACGAGAACCUCUUCAAGGCGUUCCUCAGCAACCUCACGCCCUCCUGGUCGGGGCCCCAGAUGGCCAACCAGGCGCGGUGGGCAGUGCUGCAGGCGUUCCUGCUGCUGCAGCGCAACCGGGCGGCGCACAGUGCAGUGGUGGAGGUGCUGAAAGCGGGGGGCGGCAUGGGGGACAUCGUGAUGGCCAUGGAGCGCAACAUGGCUGGCUGAUACGUGCACAGCACACUCGGGGUCAAAAGAGGGCUGGCGGUUGGGGAAGGCUGUAUAAUGUACGGAUGAUGUGUUCUCGUUUUGCAAAUGUUUGAUGUGCACCGUAUAU